AGCAAAAACUAUCCAAUUUAUUUUAAAUUUGGACAGUUUGCAAAAAUUAAUUAGAAAAAAAAAAGGUCUGUUGGCAACACUGGAUUUCGAUGGAGCUAUAUAAUUAGGAAGGAAAGUGUUGCAUCCAACAGGAACUCUGUCAAUAUCAAACAUUUCUACACACGUGGAUUGGUAAAUUAUUCUAACAAGCACUUCGAUUCCUGCGUUAGUUGUGUGUGUCUUCAAGUGAUACGCGCUUGGCUAACCGACAAAACCGUUGCGUGCGUAAUUUUCGAUAUCUGGGUAAAGAAGAUGAAUGGGUUCUUAGAAAAUCUACCACUGUCUAAUGAAAGUGAAGCCGAAUGUAAUCCUUUCACCACGAAAGAUCCCAUCUCUACAAAGGCUAUCAAGGCAGCAUGUUAUAUUGUGAUCAUGUUGCUUUCACUUCUUGGAAACGCGGCGGUUAUCGCUGUUGUUGCGAAAAACAGGCACAUGCGAACCACAACAAACUACUUAAUCGCAAACAUGGCCGUGUCAGAUCUACUGCUUUCUACAUUUGCAGUACCGCGAGAAAUUGCUGAAGUCUUUAUCGGUCACCGCAGAUGGUUGAUCGAUGGUCUGGCUGGUGCAGUCCUUUGCAAAGUUUUUUACUCCCUCCAAGACAUUUCCACUGCAGUCUCGAUACAAAGCAUCGUUGUUAUCACAUUGGAUAGGUACAAUGGAGUUGUUUCGCCCUUUCGUCGUCCUAUCAUAACUCCGAAACGACGCAAAGUUGUUAUUGCACUGAUAUGGUUGAUAUCCAUGGCUCUACACGGUAUUUAUUUUUACACGGUACGCCAUGAACAAGUAAAAGGAAUCAGUUUUUGCUUCUUCGACAAUCCACGAGCAGUGAAGAUCAACUUUAUUAUGACAUCAGUUGUUUUGAUCGCCAUCCCUUUAAUAAUAAUAACCGUUUUGUACUCACUCAUAUUUAGAGCUCUGAAAAAACAGAAACCCUUUGGAAAAGGAUGUGCAUCUUCACUCAUGAAAAGCCGGCAGAGAGAGAACGCUAAAAUCACGUGGAAAAUUCUAGCAAUUAUAAGCUCUGAAAAAACAGAAACCCUUUGGAAAAGGAUGUGCAUCUUCACUCAUGAAAAGCCGGCAGAGAGAGAACGCUAA